AUGUCUUGCAUCUAUGAUGAAUGUAUCGUAAUUGUCGAACUUCCAACGACUGUGCAUGAACGCACUGUGAGAACAUACGAGUUCCUCAUUGUGACUGGGAAUGGACGCAGUCGUGGCUCAAUCACAGCGAGUACAGCUGCGCUCCCAAACAAGGAAGCUGAUGCAAUAAUUGACCCUACAAGAUUGACAUUCAACCGCACACCACUUCCGGCACUUCGCACCGUUGUCAAUUGGGUGACACUGGCUGUGAAGGUUGGAAGAUCUCAGAAUUGGGCGAGUCAGGAAGAUGCUGCUCAAUGGUGGAGCAAUUACAGUGGAAUCCAAUAUAUUCUGCUGUUGAAAAUCAAUCCUAAAGGUAUUCAAAUGCAAGAUAUGGAUAGGGACGGGUUUCUACAACGUCGCGAAAAGUAUCAAUUUGAGACGAGUGAUAAUAUUAAGAGUAUUCAGAGUGAAGAAGCAAGUGAGAAUGAUAUUGACAUUGAGAUUGAGAAGACAGAAAAUGACAUUUCUGGUGAUACAAUUCUAAAGCAAUUUAAAUGUAAUAUUGGGAAAAGUGACAAUAAUAACGACAAUUUAGAGCAUGAAAUGGAGAAUAUAGAUACUCAAACCACCAGUGUACAAGAGCAGGAUGAUUUAAAUAUCUCACCUCCCGAAUCGUGUCAAGAAUCAAUUCCUUCGGUAUCAUCAAUGACCGAGUUACGGAUCUUUGUGGCCACAUGGAACAUGGCAGCAAAAGAUCCGUUUGCAUCUCGUACACGUGGUCCAUAUAUUGGUGAUGAUCAUGCAGCAAAAGCAGUAAAAGAAUUAAUACCUUUAGGGUAUGAUCUUUAUGUUAUUGGUACCCAGGAAAAGGUUACGACAUAUCUGGAUGCAGCAAUCCUUGCUCGUUUACAACAUUCACGAAAAGAUAAUCAAAAUGUUGUGACCCGACAAUUGUACCAUCGUCUCGAUUUGACAGCUAAAGAGACAAGACCAUAUCGUCAAAUGUGUCAAUGUCAGUCAUUGAUACAUUGUGAAACUCGAAUACAUCGAUCAAGUUAUUGUGGUAGUGAUAGAACAUGUGGAUUAUGCAGUCCAAAAUCUUGGUACAUUGAUAGUGAUGAUACUCCGAUUGUUAACUCAACUGUUCAUUGCUUAUGUUGGCCAAAAGAAAUUUCAGCUUGUGAGAUUCGAGGCCAUGGAGAUCACGCUCUUAUUCAUCGAAAAUCCACAAGUCUUUCAAUUUAUUAUGCACAUUAUCUUGAAAAUCAUCUUCACGUCAUUGCAACGGGUUCACAUAAAUUUCUUGGCUCUAAAGGUGGCAUUGCUGUCACAAUUCGCUUAAGUGACGACCCUCAAACUUUGACUUUUGUUAAUUGUCAUUUAGAAGCAAAUUCCAUUGAACGACGUUUGCGACAACUUGAGCAACUUGCAACUGAAUUGCCACGGUCACUCGCUCGAGGGACAACAAAGUUUGAAUUCGAUACUUUAGCAACGUGGAGUGAUCAUGUCGUUUGGAUGGGAGAUUUUAACUCUCGUCUUCAGCUUUUAGAGAGUAACCAAGUUCUUAAGUUACUAACUGCUGGUCGAUUACAAGAGCUUCAUGACAAAUAUGAUAGUUUGGCCACAGAUUUGAAAAAUGUACCCGGGUUACAAUCGUUUCGGGAACCAGUAAAAUGGCCAACAUUCUUUCCAACCUAUAAAAAAGUACCAUAUCGUGCACGUUUACCAUUAAGUGGUUCGACUACUGGCACAGGACGUACUACUCGAUGGGUUCAACACGUAUAUAAGACAAAGUAUCGUGAACCAAUUUAUAAAGGUGGACGCAUUCGAGAACGCGUACCAAGUUGGUGUGAUCGUAUCUUGUAUCACUCGCAAAACUCGGAGUAUUUCAAAGUUGAAAAGGUUACAUGUUUUGAUUCAAACAAUAACCAGUUGACACUCCAGCGAGAUAAUUACAGGGCAUUAAAUGACGAACUUCGCGGUAGUGACCAUAGUCCUGUCUCCUGUACUUUUCUUUGGUCGGUACACCAAAAGUUAUCUGGGUACCAGGAUACAGAUGUUCCUUUAUAA